AUGUCGCAAGAUACUGGGCUGUUCAGUAUCAAGCGCACCCGAGAGACCCUCGGGAGCGUUCAAAACUAUUCUUCAAUCCCUCAACCGUCAUCGGCCAUGAAGCGCACUAGCUCCAUCGGUUUCAAUAACCCCCCGUUUACUUCACAACAUACCCGAUCGACUUCCCUUAUGAAUUCCGCAGCCCGACCUCAGCAACCGAACUUCAGCCGCGCCUCAUCGGUUGGAACAUUUGGCGCCGAUGCUGGCCUCUCGUCUGUACGCCGAUCCGUGUCGAGUAAUAUGUUCCAUGGGGCAAGUGCGGGUCGACAAAGCUAUGCGCCAGGCUCGCUUUCAUCAAAUCCUGCAUCGCAGCAGAACCUGCAGCGCCGAAGCAGUGUAUUUUCACGACCCUCCAUGGGCGGACCUAUGGGCCACCAAUCUUUCUUCAAUCAGGUCCCGGCCGUGGCUGGUGUGCCUCGGGAUCCGCGACCCCUUCGUGAUCGAUCCUUCCAAGCGCGUAUUGGGCAAGAGCUAUUAGAGUAUUUGACUCAUAACAACUUCGAGUUGGAGAUGAAGCAUUCUUUGGGCCAGAACACACUGCGUUCGCCUACCCAGAAAGAUUUUAACUACAUUUUCCAGUUCUUGUAUCAUCGCAUUGAUCCCGGCUACAAGUUCCUGAAAAGCAUGGACGCCGAAGUCCCUCCUAUUCUCAAACAACUGCGAUACCCCUUUGAAAAAGGCAUCACCAAAUCUCAAAUUGCGGCCGUUGGUGGCCAGAACUGGUCCACCUUUCUGGGAAUGCUACACUGGCUGAUGCAAUUGGCACAAUUAAUGCAGCGCUUUAGUAGUGGAGAGUAUGAUGACGCAUGCGCGGAGGCCGGGGUUGAUGUCACUGGUGACCGUAUCAUCUUUCGCUUCCUCACUGGUGCCUACCAUGACUGGCUCCAGGGGGGCGAAGACGAAGAUGAUGAGAUGGCGGAGCAGAGAUUGAUUCCGCACAUUGAGCACAUGUCGCAAGAGUUUGCUCAUGGGAAUGAGAAAUAUGUGCAGCAUAUGGAAACCUUGGAGGCCGAAAAUCAGGCCCUGCGCGAGCAGAUUGAAGAAAUGGAGAAAAAUGUGCCGGACAUGGCCAAGAUUGAUAAGCAUUUCCGCAUAAUGGAGGAUGACAAGAGGAAAUUUGAAGAUUACAACCAGAAUGUUAAGGGAAAGAUUGACAAGUACGAAACGCGCAUCAAGAUCCUCGACACAGAAAUCCAGAAGACCGACGCCGAUCUUCAAACAGCUGAGGCUGAGCGGGCCAAUCUCCAGGCCAGUGUCGACCAACAGGGCAUCACUAUCCAAGAUAUUGAUCGCAUGAACACAGAACGUGAACGUCUUCAAAAAAGUCUCGAGGAUACCAUGGCCCGCCUCAAAGAAAUCCACGGUCGUGUCAUGGAGAAGGAAGCCGAGGCUAGCCAAAAACUCGAGGACCUGGAGCAGAUUGUUAAAGAGUACAAUACCCUUGGGUAUCAGACCAGCCUGAUCCCGUCAUCCGCCGAGAACGCCAAGGGUCAAGACUUCGAGCUUGGUCUCAACGUCAACGAAAACAAUUUCUCCGCGAGUCAGAUCGGAGGUGUCCCGAACCGGAUUUCAUCCGACGGCGAUCGCCUCUUGGCAGAGCCCUAUACCGGUUACCACCCGGCGCAUUUGCUCAAUCUAGACCUACGGGGGUCUGUCCGCAAUAGUUUACAGUCUCUCCGGAAGGAAAUCAAUGAGCGCCGCAAGCGUGCCAUUGACGACGAUCUGGACCGCCGCAAUCUACUCGACAACAUUAAGGAGGCAAUGGAUGAGAAGCAAAGUGAGGUUGAGGCCUUGGAACACCGACAUCGGGCGGCUAAGGAGGAAUUUGAACGGACCAAGGAGAUCACCACCACUCAAAAGACGGCUUCAGACGCCCAGAUCGAGAAGAUGGAGAUGGAGCUUGCCAAGAUGCGCGCCACGUUGAGUGACAGUGUCCAAUUGAUGGAGCAGCGUGAGAUGAACACCAACAUCGAGUACGAGCAGCUGACACUCCGGGCGAAUGCCCUCCGUGAAGAGCUCCAUACCAACGUGGAGACAAUGCUCAACGAUGUCAUUCGUUUCAAGGUCCAUGUUCAGAAGGGCCUCGAGGACUAUGAGAGUUUUGUAGUGGAUGAGGUGGAGCAGGAAUUGGGUGGCGAUUUGCCCAUGGCUGAGGACGAGGAAGAAUUAUGA